UUGUUUUUACAAAUGUUGUUAAUUUUAGACAUCUAUAAAUAAUUAUGACGUCAGCAACUUAUGAGAAAAAAAAAAAAGAAGACUAUAAUGUGGAGCUGAAAACUAAAAGUGAAUUCCGCAGACCGUCCGGCAAAGAAGUUGCUGCGUGCAAGCCCUGUCGCCUGUGUUUAGUAGGAACAUUUCUUUUGUUUCUGAUUGGUUUGUUAGUUGCGUCAAUUGUUCUAAUUGCAAUCACUGAUAAAUGCAAAACGACAGAACGGGUAAAAAAGUCAAAUAUUUUUGCGUAUCAAGUUUAUGUGAAAUCAUUCCAAGACUCAGACAAUGACGGAGAAGGUGAUGUUAAUGGGUUGAAAGCUAAGUUGUCGUAUAUUAAAAACAUGGGUACAAAGGUGAUUGUUUUGAACGAUGCGGUUGGAAAAAAGGACUUGAAAUUAGAUUUAAACAUGGGAGACAUAAAAGGUUUUAAAAAACUAGUGAGCUCUUCAAAAGAACAAGGAAUGAAAGUUCUGAUUCAAAUGAACCCUGUUGUCGUGGCUGACGACAAUGAAUGGUUCAUAGAAAGUAAACAGAAAAACUCGAAACAUGAUUGGUUUAUCUGGCGGGAUGCAAAUUUCACCAACAAUUGGAAAUCGGUCAGCAGCGGCUCAGCGUGGCAUGGGGCAGGUGGAUAUAGAAAUCAAUCUUUUUAUUCACAUUUUGGAGCGUCUUUACCUACAUUGAAUUAUUACAGUUCAGAGGUUGUUGGCGAAGUUACGAAGAUUUUAAAUUGGUGGCUUGAUCUAGGUGUUGAUGGUUUUGUACUGACAAGUAUCUCUCGAUUGGUUGUGGACAAAAAAUUUCGUUCCAAUAAUGGCAACUGUAGCUACGAUAAAGAUCUUCCUUACUCACACAAGAUUCUUGCUAACCUUUUCCAAACAAUACAUCAACGAGGUGGAGUGGUUUGGGUGGUACCACGAACCAAUGUGAAGGAGAGCGUUAAAUACUUUGGCAACAAAGACAAUCAAGAAGCAGACGUGGUUUUGAACGAUGACUUUGCACUACUUAAAUCCUCUUCUCUUACUGCGAAAAGGUUGAACGAGAGUUUAAGCACUUACUUGAAAGACCAACCAAGCUUUGGAGAGAUCGGUUGGAUGAUGGGUGGCACCAGUUAUACAAGGUUAGCCAGUCGAUUCAGUAGCGCCCAAUCAAAGCUGAUGUCGCUCUUUCUUCUAACUCUUCCUCAUGUUGUUUUGAAUUAUUAUGGAGAUGAGUUGCUCCUGCAAGAUACAAAGGAUGGGAAAAGCUUUGCGAUGAUGAAGUGGAGCAAUGAUACAAAAGAAGCAUCCAGGGCUAUAACUGUUGCCUUUUCAAAUCUCACGCACAUUCGAAGUUCCAUGGAUGUGUUCAAGUAUUCUCCGAAAAUUGUGUAUGCGAAAGAAAAGGCGUUGGUUAUGUGGUAUAAAGGUUCUACUGAACUAAUUGUGGGCGCUAAUUUUGGAAGCGCUGCUGCCCAAGCAGCGAAUGUUACUGAAGCAGUAAAAGGAAAGUUUAUAUUUCACACGGACGAUACGAAAACUGGAAAAAAAGUUGACUUGAAAACACCUUUGGAAGUCCCUGCUAAUCAGUUGUUUCUCAUGGAAGUUAUAGAAUGAUUAAUGAAACUGAAAUUGUGACAAUACUUGUUAGAUAUUCGACAGCAUUGAGAAAAUUAAAUUUAUUACGUGACGUGUAUGAAUUUUGUCAUUAAAAAAAGUUUUAUUCUGUCGGCUCGAGCCAGUUCGUAUUUGUUGUUUUUUUGUAAAAUUUGAUGAGGAAAA